AUGGCGAGCAAAAGAUUGUCGAUGGCCAGGGAGAGAGAGCGUACAGUAAUCUACCUUAGCCCCGAGGAGGAGCGGAAGGACAAUGCUAGGAAGCGAAAGGAGAGAAUGCGCGCCAUGCGCGCCAAGGACCGAGCCCUCGACGCAGUCCGAGAUGAGGCGAGCGAGCUGCAGGCGGUAGGCGUCCCUGAACACGAUCCCAACCCGGCAAAGCACUUCACUCCACUGCCCGAAGAGGUCUACAAGAGCCAUCGCCAGCUCGAAGAGAUUGCCCGAGUUCUCAACUCCCCGUUCGGUCCGGUGGAGUUUGUCCUCAUCGGACAGCGGGGCCACGGCAAGAGCUCCCUUAUCGAAGCCCUCUCCGGUCACAUCGUCACACACGUGCAAUUGGCUCUGGACGGAGCCACCAAGAGGCCUGUUCGCUACCAGUUUCUGAACAGCACCGACAUCUCGCCCGGUGCCAAGCCCACUGAUGGGGUCAAGUGUAUGAUACAGCGCGACGCGCUUUUCCAGGACUACAACGUCGAGGUUCCGCUCAAGAAUUUGUCUCAGGAGAUCUUGCGUCGGUCGGCGGUGCUCUCCCCGAAACCGAUCUACGUGACCCUCUCCGCUCCCAACGCUCUCAACAUCACCUUCAUCGACACGCCUGGCCUGCCCCCUCCGCCUUCGGCGGAACAAGCUCGAAUCUAUCGUCGCCUCGGUCUCCUGCGAAGACACCAACCGGUUCCUGUUGUUCGUCGAGGAAGCUGGACCUUGGAGAGCAGCAUCCUGCCGCUGGCGCGCUCGAUCGACCCGGCGUUCAAUAGGUCGGCGCUCGUAUUCACCAAGUUCAACCCCUUCCUAAGAUCGCUGCUGGGAACCAAGGAGCUCAUCAACAGAUAUUUGAAGGGUGGCCAGCAUCCUCUAUUGCCCUGCUUCUGGGUCACUGUGCCUUCGCACAAGGUGAGGAGCAAGUGUGAGCAAAGCACGGCAUGGCAGGAGAAGGUGUGGCAAGCACAUCACAGAGACAUGGCCUAUUUGCGGGACAUCAAGGCCAAGCAAAAAUACGAGCCCAGCAUUGGCAUUCUGUGCCUGCUCAGAUUCCUUCUCAAGCACGUGUGGAAGCAGUACAUCGACAUCCUGCCGAACACGCUGCAGCUCAUCAGGCAGCAGGAGAAGAGCUUCGAGGUUGAGCAGCAGAGGUUUCAGAGCGAGCUGGAACGGCUAAGCGCCCAGGGCAUGCGCAGCGUUGCGAGCAAGUUCGUCGCCACGCUCCUCCACUCCAUCCACCGAAUUGUGCACGGCACGUCGGAGGCCACCACCUCCAUCACCGGCCAAACUCUCCUUGAGGAGACGCAAGCGCAAGGGAGCAUCGAGUGGGCCGACAAGUCGGGCCGAGUCCUCAAGGCCGACAAGAAGUGGCGCAUCCCGUUCAGGAUGGCCUACAUUGUUCGCAGGUCCUUCUAUCUGGCGCUCGACCAGCUCAAGAAUCCAAGGAGCGUGGAAGGCGCCAACCAGGAGGCCGCCAGGGCCGACAGCAACGAGUGGAGCGAGGUCGAGGUCAUCGGCUAUCCCUACUUCAUCCACUGGGUCAAGGACACAUUUGAGCAGUUCCUUACCGCCAACCUGCAGAAAUGCAAGGAGAAGUGCUUUGAGGAGUUCUUUUCGACGGAGACCCUCUACUGGGGCUACAAUGAUAUGAGACUUGUGCCUGAUGCGGAUGACAACGAAGCCGAGCUGCUGAACAUGACCCUGGUCCUCACCAGAACCAUCUACGAGGAGACGAAAGACAGGCAGAUCCGCAACAUCCUGUUGAGGCUCUUCCAGUACUUUUUGUUCAUGCUCGAGGACGGUCUGAACGGCCACCUGCAGCAGCUGGUGAGCACCAUGAACGAAGAGGACCUCGAGAGCAAGUUCCAAGUGGAAGCGCUCAGGAAGAAGCUCGAGGCAAAGGCCAAGCUGGUGGCCGACGCUAUCAAGGAGAGCCGCAAGCGGGAGUACAUCUUCGCCACGGCCUCGGCGGACUUCACCGUGCCCAUCCUCACGGAGAUGCAGAUGCCCUGA